AUGGCCAUGGAGACGGAAGACUCCAACCAGACAGUGGUGAGCCACUUCUUCCUGGAGGGUCUGAUGUACACAGCUGAACACCCUGGGCUCUUCUUCCUCCUCUUCCUCUUCAUCUACAGCAUCACGGUGACUGGGAAUCUCCUCGUUCUUGUAACUGUGGGCUCUGACCCUCACCUCUGCUCCCCUAUGUACCACUUCCUGGGGCACCUCUCCUUCCUGGAUGCAUGCUUGUCCUCAGUGACAGUGCCCAAGGUCAUGGCCGGCCUCCUGGCUCUGGAAGGGAAGGUGAUCUCCUUUGAGGGCUGUGCUGUGCAGCUUUACUGCUUCCACUUCUUAGCCAGCACCGAGUGCUUCCUGUACACAGUCAUGGCCUAUGACCGCUACCUAGCUAUCUGCCAACCCCUCCACUAUCCAGUGGCCAUGAACAGACGGAUGUGUGCGGGGCUGGCCGGGAUCACGUGGGCCAUAGGGGCCCUGCACUCUGCCGUCCACACCUCCCUCACCUUUCAUCUGCUCUACUGUGGGCCCCACCACAUUGCCUACUUCUUCUGUGACAUCCCCCCCGUGCUGAAGCUGGCCUGUGCAGAUACCACCACUAAUGAGCUUGUCAUGCUUGCCAACGUUGGCAUUGUGGCUGCAGGUUGUCUGAUCCUCAUCCUCGUCUCCUACGUCUUAAUCGCGAGGGCGGUGCUGCGGAUCCGCACCGCUGAGGGCCGGCAGCGCGCCUUCUCCACGUGCACCUCCCACCUCGCGGUGGUGCUUCUGUACUACAUGCCACCUGUCUGUAUCUACCUGCAGCCUCGCUCCAGUGGGACAGGGGCUGGGGGCCCUGCUGUCUUCUACGCGAUAGUCACUCCCGUGCUCAACCCUUUCAUUUACACUCUGCGGAACAAAGAGGUGAAGCGGGCUCUGCGGAGGCUUCUGGGCCCGAGCCCCCGAAAGCCUCCAGCAGGCAGCCCACUCCCCUAA